AUGGGCUGCACUACGAGGAGUCUGCUGCUGGCAGCGCUGUCAGUUUCCGCCGUGGCCGGCCCGCUCCCCCAGUAUGCCCGGAGAGUCAAAUAUCUGAACUCUUCUUCGCCUGCCGUCGAAGCUGCCUACGCCGCGAACACGCCCGUCGCGGUUGGCACGCCCUCAACUCCCCCGGCAGUUCAGGCUGCCGACACUGGCAUUCCCUUCGUGGUGCCAGUGACUCUCCCUACUAGUACGCCUGCCCUAGCUGUCUUUACCUUCGUGGACCCCUCUGGCUCACCAGUCGCCACAGUCGAUAUAUCGACAGCACCUGAAAGCACUCAGGCCGAGUCCACUGUUUCUGCAGAGACGAGCCCUUCGAGUACCGUUGCAACAACGCCGGCUCUCACUCCCCUGACGCCGGCCGUCGACUCGUCGACACCUGCGACCCCUGCAUCCUCUGCUGCCGGUGGUUUCAUAGGCCCCGAGUUUUCGGUGGCUGGGUCGUCGUCCACGACACGCUUGUUCACUUACGAUCCCACGACGCCUGGUGCUACACCGUCUCAGAACUCAACCACAUCCAGCACUCCCGCGGUCAGCGCGUCUUCGAACACGCGUCCUUUCACGUAUUCGCCUCAGACACCAUCGACCUCGAGUGGCAGACCCUUUACCUAUUCGCCGCAGACGCCGUCGAUGCAGAGCAGCCAAGUCGUCAGUUCGGCGCAGUCCACCCCUGCACCUGAGACGCCGACAAGUCUGCCUGUCACACCUGUGCCCAAUACUCCGACACCCAGUCCUGCCGCUAGCUCCGUCCAAUCAGCUGCAAGCAGCCCUACAACAGGUGCAUCCACAUUUGUUUCAGAACCAGGUGUGCUGUACCUGACGACAACGAUAUACACCAUUGCUACCCCUGCUGCCCAAGCCACUGCCGCCACCUCUCCUUCAUCGCUGCAGGCCUCUGCUCAAUCUACGCCACAGGAGUCUUCUGCGACGUCCUCGCCGACUCAAAUCCCAGGAGUCUUUUACACGACGAUCUACACCACCGUUCGGCCAAACGCAGCCUCGGUGGCGACAUCUGCUGAGUCGUUGACUACGCUUCUCUCAAGCACAGCUCUUGCAUCGACCCCGGAGCCCAGUACGCCGUAUACUGAGACAAGCGCCGCUCAGAUAAGCACAGCUGACACCAGCACCGCCGUGCCGAGUGCUACAUACACUCCUUUGCCCUCUUCUUCCUCAGAGCCCUCGCCAUCUGAAACCCCAAGCACCACGAGGACGGCCCUGGGGGCUUCCUCGACUCCUUCCCCUUCAAGCACUGAGAGCGCACCCACAUCAUCCGAUCCGCCCACAUCUGCGCCGCCCACGGUCACCAGUUCAACGUCUUCUGAUGACGGCCCGGGUAUCACGGUCAUCCCUGUAAACCCAAGCAUCUCUACUGUCUUCUUGACGAGUACUGUCACGGAGAAGGAGACCGUUACCGAGACAGCCACUGUCAAGGAGACAGUUACCGUGAGGGCGUGA